AUGAAAACUCUCUCUUUUAUCUUAUCCUUUAUAUAUAUACUCUAUAUAGCCAUCCCAUUUAACGCCUAUCCAAUCCUCAAUGGAGCUGACCUAUAGAAUGUUGCUUUAAUACCUCUUGGUUACAAUAACUGUAUUAAAAAUUACCCAAGAGCUUGCUGUUUUCAAGGAUAAGCUACUCUAACUACUAAAUAUGAUGAUUAAUCAAUAAAGAGUUUUACCUUGAAGGGAAAUUAAAUUGGUUAAAAUUGUCCAAACGAGUUAGUAUUUUUACCUAUAAGUGAUAACCUUAACUAGAUUAUUAUGAACAAAUUUUAUAUAAGAACUGAUUAUGAUCAGCUAACAUCUUUUUUGUUUUAUACUGGUUCUAGAAGUCAAGAAAUCUAAGGAUAAACCAAGUAUGACUACCAAUUUAGCCUUCAUUUACAUUCUUAGCCUAGGGCAAGCAAUGUUUUCUAAGAUUUUAUGCUUAAAAAUACUGAUUUACCUAUUGAGGAAUAACAAAGUUAGUCCUUUUCUGAUAUCAUAUGUUCCUAUUUUGUUUUAUUUUUAUUAGCUAUUCAAAUGGCUAUAUGA